UGCGUGAAAUGUGUUUUUGUAUGAAACAUGUUAUGUGAAUGCAGUGAAUGUAAACAAACGUGUUUUGGAUGACAACAAGUGAUCGCCGAUAGAGUGGCCAUCAAUUGAUAGGUCAGAUGAAACCAAAGUCGUCGACAAGUGUUGGCCGCAUUCGGCUCAUCGAUACCGACCUCUUAGUCAAUCCCGAGUGCAUUCACGGACCAACUUUGCUAUUUGAAGACAUCGACAACAAAAACAAGAGAUUCUAUUCAUGUUCUUCUUGUCGGACAAGAAAGGACUGUCCGUUUUAUUUGACAGCACAAGAGUGGCAAACAAUUCAAUGUAAGAAACAAUUGAAAAUCAAAUUUCAACGACAACUUCAACAAACAAAAAAUGAAAUCAAUUUGAAAUACUCUUACGAUAAAAAUUUGAUGAAAUUAUCAUCAAAUGGAUUGAAAUUUUGUCGAAACUGUUCACUAAUUAUUGGCACAGAAGAUGUAUUGUCUGAUCAUAAGACACAUUAUAUUGUUAGUGAUAUCACUGAACAACAGUUGAAAAGUCCUACAAAAUUGAUGACAAGUUUGACUGACAAUAAGUUUUGCGCUCAAUAUUUGUUUGCCGACCAAACCAUCAAAUUCAUAGUCAAUGAUAUUAUUGUUAAAAACAAAUUUACAUCAGUUAUAUGUAUAGGUUGUCCAACAAUUCAUGAACACUUGACAUCCGGAAGAAUCGAUAACAUUAAGAGUAUUUUGUUAGAUAUCGACGACAGAUAUAAACAAUUUUAUUCUCCUAAAAAGUUUUUAAAAUUUAAUUUAUUUAAUAAUUACUUUUUCAAUGGUACUCGAGAUGAGACCACAUUUAUGCGAUUUAUUGAAAAAUCAACUAAAGAAUCGAUUGUUAUUAUAGUCGAUCCACCUUUUGGUGGUCUCAUUGAAGCAAUGGCCAAAACUUUAAGAAAGUUUAGUGAUAUUUGGCGAAAAUAUCACUCGAUUGCAGAUGAAAAUGAAACACUUCCAAUAAUGUUAAUAUUUCCUUAUUUUAACGAAAAGCGUAUAACCGACAAAAUACCCGGUCUUUUAAUGUCUGAUUAUUUGGUAGAUUAUCAAAAUCACAAUAAAUUUAAUGAUACAAACUCUGGUCGAAAGUUUGGUUCGCCGGUCAGGAUAUUUACAAACAUUUCUCUUAAAUUAAUUGAAUUACCAAAAGCUGAUGGAUAUUAUUAUUGUGAUUAUUGUUGUAAAUAUGUGUCUAAAAAUAAUAAACACUGUUUUCAAUGCAAUGAUUGUACGGCAAGAGAUGGAAAACCAUACAAACACUGCAAUGUCUGUAAAAGAUGUGUAAAGAAUACAUGGAAUCACUGCAAACUAUGCUCUCAUUGUCAUCUAAUGCAAGAAAUAUGUAAAAGAAAGUCAACUGAUUCUAACUUCAGUAGUCUUUGCAAAAGAAUAAGAGAUAAAUAA